UUCUUAAGUUGUUUUUUUAACAACCCAUUUUUGCUUUUGAUUCUCUCUUUUCAUUAGUUAUUUUAUUUUAUAAUGUUUCCUCGCUUUUCCUCUAUUCUUAUCGCUUAUAACAUCCUUGUUGCCUAAUGACCAGUUUAAUAUAUAUGCUCUGUUAAAGAGCAACUACUUUAGCGGAGUAGCUGCAAUGCAACAAUUACAAACAACCACAUUACACACAUGGUAGCUGAAUGGCUAUUUCACUUCGCUUUUUGUGUUUCAGUUCUGUGGUUAUACAACAACCGCAGCGACCCAAGUUCAAUCCUGUCAUUGCGUCGACGUUUCCUCGCCUUUGUCAUUUAUUUUACUCUAUUAUCUCUGCCUUGCCCCGGGCUACCAUCCCUUCAAAACACUGUUAUUCUUGUCUUUACAACCUAUACGAAUGAAUAUACUCUUUAAGUUUUUCGGUCUAUCUUCAAUCCAACGGUUGAAAUCAUCAAGAGCUCAGAAUCAUCUUAAGCUUCUUUUCAUUUCUGUGCUCUACUAUGUGUUCACAUUCCUACUUUAAUCCCGCCGAAUGGGUUGCCGCGUUCGAAUAUUAACUUCCAUAUGUUUCUGCUUUCUGGACCUCAUGUUGCCGUACCUGCCAUUUCACAUCUCUAUACUUGCACUCCCUUUAUUCGUAAAGUUUUGUCGCUUGUGUGUUUCAUAAGUUCCUCCAGAUAUAUCUUGUCAAGGCUCGGUCGUGGAAGAAAUCAAGAACACACACCAAAAUCCUAGUGUACAUCCGAAUGAAGGAAUUACAUUGCCAGACAUAUUAGAUGGAAGUCAAGUCGUCGCGUCUUUUAGCAAUAUCACUGCAGGUUGGUAGUACAACAGAAGUUCAUUUACU